AUGUCGGACCUCCAGUGCAAUUCACUCAUGGACCUCAUCAACCUGAAAAUGCAAAAGGAACCGCCUUGGUCCGCCGAAGUAUGGGAGAAGGCCCGCAAUGGCACGCUGCCUCCGACGCGCCCAAGGCGCUUCCCUGUCCUUUUGACCCCCGACGGUCCGAUCUCCUCGGCCGGCGAGCUCCAGAAACUGGCAGAGACGGAGUCACUUCCUGAAGCCGUCGUGACGAGUCAGGUCGACGAAAAUGGGCAGGAGAUCAGAAAAGUGACCAUCUGCCAGGUCAACUACGACGAGCGGAAAAGGAUCGAGGAGAAAGCCGAUGUUGGCUUUGGCGUUGCGGAAAACUUUAAGGUCCUGUUCAACGGAAAUGUGAGACAGGCGUUGGUGGUGAAGCGGUUGAAAGAAGGUGCGGCGGCCAGGGACGAGGACAAGGAAGAGGACAAGAACGAGGACGAGGAAGCCCGAUAG